GCUGUGUGGUCGGCGGCGCUGCGGGGACCGCGUUUAGAGUCGGAGCGAGCCUUCAGACCGCCUGCGCCGGCGAGGCAGCCAGGGCUGUCAGAUCUGCGCAGAGCCAGCCCUCCGCGCCCCGUGGGCCCGGCAGAUUUCCAGUAUUCACACAACUUCUGCGUAAAUAUAGAUCAGAUAUGAUCCAGUAGGAAGACCAAAUCCCAGAACAGUGAUAGCCUGGUCACUAAAGGAUGAACGGGGAGGAAGAAUUCUUUGAUGCCGUCACAGGCUUUGAUUCUGAUAACUCUACAGGGGACUUUUCAGAGGCAAAUAAAAUCAGUGGGAUGAUUGAUUUGGACACCAGCAAAAGUACUAGGAGUGGGAAAAGUGGGGAGAGACCACCACAAGAGAAUGGAAUUCAAAAACACAGGACAGCCCUUCCUGCCCCCAUGUUCACCAGAAGCGAUUUCAGCGUGUGGAGUAUCCUGAAAAAAUGCAUUGGUUUGGAGCUCUCCAAGAUCACAAUGCCAAUUGCCUUCAAUGAGCCACUGAGUUUCCUGCAACGGAUCACGGAGUACAUGGAGCACGUGUACCUCAUUCACAAAGCCUCAAGUCAGCCUCAGACCCUGGAGAGGAUGCAGUCUGUAGCUGCCUUUGCGGUCUCAGCUGUGGCUUCCCAGUGGGAGAGAACUGGCAAACCCUUCAACCCGCUCUUGGGGGAGACGUAUGAGUUGAUCAGGGAAGACUUAGGAUUCAGAUUUAUAUCUGAACAGGUCAGUCACCACCCUCCUAUUAGUGCAUUUUAUUCAGAAGGUCUCAACCAAGACUUCAUGUUCCACGGUUCCAUUUACCCAAAGCUGAAGUUUUGGGGCAAGAGUGUCGAGGCAGAGCCCCGGGGGACCAUCACACUGGAGCUUCUCAAACAUAAUGAAGCCUACACGUGGACCAACCCCACCUGCUGUGUGCACAAUGUCAUCCUUGGGCAGCUGUGGAUCGAACAGUAUGGGAUAGUGGAGAUCCUGAAUCACAGAACUGGAGAUAAGUGUAUACUUCACUUCAAGUCAUGUGGACUGUUCGGAAAGGAACUUCACAGAGUAGAAGGGUACAUUCAAGAUAAAAACAGGAAGAAGCUCUUUAUAAUUUAUGGCAAGUGGACAGAAUGCUUGUGGGGCAUCGAUCCUGUUUCAUAUGAGUCCUUUAAGAAGCAUGAAAGGAGAAGUGACCACCCCAGGAAGGCCAAGAUGGAUGACGGCCCCGAGAAAGCGAACAGUGAUAUACCUGAUGAUAUGCUGGACGAUGUUCCUGUGGCUCAGGAGACUGUGCAAGUCAUCCCCGGCAGUAAGCUUCUCUGGAGAAUCAACAGCCGGCCCCCCAACUCAGCUCAGACGUACAACUUCACCAGCUUCACUGUGAGUCUCAAUGAGUUGGAGUCAGGCAUGGAGAAGACCCUGCCACCCACAGACUGCCGCCUCCGCCCUGACAUCCGAGGCAUGGAGAAUGGCAACAUGGAUCUGGCCAGCCAGGAGAAGGAGCGACUAGAGGAAAAGCAGAGAGAGGCCCGAAAAGAACGUGCCAAAGAGGAAGCAGAGUGGCGGACCAGGUGGUUCUAUCCAGGCGACAACCCCUACACAGGGACUCCUGACUGGUUGUAUGCAGGGGAUUACUUUGAGCGUAAUUUCUCAGACUGCCCAGACAUCUACUAAGUAAGGCCUGGGAGCCCAGGAGGAGGCCUGGGAGCUUGGACUCCUUGAGUGGUACUCUGAACUCC